AUGGUAUCUUCUGAAGAUAUCGCAGAACAGAUCCGAAGUACCCUACCCGGUACCGAGGAGAUCAUCGUCCAAUACCUCUCUGGCUACCUCUUGGACCUCGACGACGCGGCGGAAGACGAAGAUGUCCUGCAAGUCACUCGCGACAUUCUGGAUUCUGCCAUUGGCUCUUCGUCUAGUCAGGCGAAGAGAGUUGACUUGGAGAACCUUGUGAAUCGCCUUGCAGAUUUGCUGAAGGAGCCGCUGUCUCGCCGUGAGGAGAAGAACCGCACCGGCAAGGGUAGUGGCCUGGUCAGGCUAGACAAGGUCAUGGAUCUCAGUAAGGCGAACAACAUGAGCAACACCAUCGCUUUUACCGAGGGCGUCGAUCUCGAAAGCAUCAACAAGGGAAAGGCUUCGCGCGUCGACGUCAAGAAGUUGGAGAAGCAGGAGAACAAGCUCAGAGCCAAGAUCGAGAAGCGUUCAAAGCGCACCGGGAACUUGUACGAGGGCUCCAGGCUGCUCGACCAGCACAAGAAACAGCAAACAUAUGAAGAGAUGUUCAUGAAGAUCAACCCUCUCGACGCCGCCGCAGCGUCGAAGAACAAGUCGAAGGAUAUCCACCUCACGAACAUCGAUGUCAAUUUUGGCUCAAACCGCAUCCUAUCUGGCGCAUCCCUAACGCUCGCAUAUGGCCGCCGCUAUGGUCUCAUUGGUCGCAACGGUGUCGGUAAAUCGACGCUUCUCCGGCACAUUGCCAUGCGUGACGUGCCGAUUCCUCCACACAUCACCAUCCUCUUCGUCGAACAAGAAAUCGUCGGAGACGAAACCCUCGCAUUGGACUCGGUGCUCAAGGCAGACGUCUGGCGAGAUACGCUUUUGCGCGAGGAAGCGUCGUUGAACGCGAAGCUUGCCGAGCUUGACAACGAGGGCGACGACAAGCGAUUCGAGGACGCGCGGGACGAAGCACAGACGCGUUUGGCGGAGGUGCACGCACGACUUGCUGACAUGGACGCUGAGAGCGGACCUGCACGAGCGGCGGCAUUACUUGCUGGCCUCGGUUUCAGCGAGGAAGAUCAGAAGCGACCGACAAAGUCGUUCAGUGGUGGUUGGCGUAUGCGUCUCGCUCUAGCGAGAGCACUGUUUGUGAAGCCUGCGUUACUGCUUCUUGAUGAGCCUUCUAACCACAUUGAUCUCAAUGCCUUGGCGUGGCUGGAAGAUUACUUGCAGACCUGGCCAGGCACCCUCCUCGUCGUAUCCCACGACCGAGCAUUCCUCGAUGCCGUUGCGACCGAUAUCGUCCACAUGCACUCUGCGCGCCUCGAUUACUACAAAGGCAACUUCACGCAGUUCUACUCCACUAAGUCUGAGCGCGACCGCAACCUUCGGAAGGAAUACGAGACCCAGAUGGAGUACCGCAAGCACUUGCAGGCCUUCAUCGACCGCUGGCGGUACAAUGCCAAUCGAGCGGCCCAGGCGCAGUCCAAAAUCAAGAUUCUGGAGAAGCUCCCGGAGCUUACUCCGCCAGAAGAGGAGGACACGGAGACCUUCAAAUUCCCUGAGACGGAGAAGAUCUCGCCGCCGGUGCUCCAACUAAACGAGGUCACGUUUGGAUACACUCCGGACAAAAUCUUGUUGAAGGGUGUCAACAUUGACGUCGGUCUCGACUCUCGUAUUGCUGUUAUUGGUCCCAACGGUGCAGGAAAGUCAACGCUAAUCAAGCUGCUCACGGGCGAACUAAAGCCCAUACAGGGACAUGUCAACCAGAAUGGCCGUCUUCGUAUCGGUUACUUCGCACAGCAUCAUGUCGACAGUCUCAUCCCCACCAUGUCUCCCGUGCAGUUCCUAGCGCACAAGUUUCCUGGAAAGACGGAGCAGGAGUACCGCUCGCACCUGGGUAACUUCCAGAUCUCUGGGAUGACCGGCCUGCAGCCGAUCGGCACGCUCUCUGGAGGUCAGAAGUCCCGUGUAGCCUUCGCCGUUCUGUCGCUGCAAAGGCCACAUGUCCUGCUCCUGGAUGAGCCGACUAACCACCUGGAUAUGGAGGGUCUCGAUGCUCUGAUGAAUGCGCUGGCCACUUGGAACGGCGGUGUCAUCCUCAUCUCCCACGACGAGCGCUUCAUCACGUCCGUCGCAACAGAGCUCUGGGUUUGCGCCGAUGGUACCGUCAGCAAAUUCAAAGGCGACGUCCAGGCUUACAAGAGCCUCAUUGUCAGUGGCAUCAAAGCAAAACCGUGA